UAGCGCAACCGCGAGGCUUUUAGACUCUGAGCCCAUGGCGAUGAUACCUCCGUCUGUCUCGACCCGACGCCAAAACUCAAAGUUCCGCGACUUCCUAAGACAUGUUCGACUGCUACUCCCGGCGUCUUUCCUUGGCCACACCUUGCCCUGGAAGACAACGUUCGAGCAACGCAAAGUUGCCGUAUACCAGAGCCGACGCAUGGCAAGCUUGAAUAUUCUGCUUCAUGUCAUUCCACUUGCUGUCGCUGGGACCCUUCUGGGCCUUCACUGGUCGAGAUACUGGGUAGGAGUCUCGGACGACGCGCCGUCACUGCAAUUCGCAGCCAAAGUCCACGAAUUGCUCAUGCAAGCAUCACUCGUCGACGUUCUCCUCUAUGUCAUACGAAGCCAAGCACUUAACGGGUAUCUGCCAUUAGGUGCACUUGCAGGGGCUGCACAGGCACCCCAACUAUCCUAUCUUUGGUCGCUGGAUUUCUUCUCCGCUCUUGUAGCGCCAAGCAGGGUUUUCAGAUCACGGAACAAAUUUAUUUUCAUAUUAUCGACAUUUACGCUACUAUUUAUGACUGGAGUCGUGGGUCCCUCAUCUGCAAUUCUGAUGAUUUCACGGCCUGGUAUGACGCAUGUGCAAAACACCACAAUCCGAUAUCUAGGCGUCUCGGAGGCUGAUUUGUUUCCUACUCAAAUAGAUAAGACAAAUCGAUUGAACCUCUCAAUUGGACAGCAAACUGCUGACCAAAUGAUUGAUACGCGCGAGACCUUCCUGGCUACCGGAGCGCAGUGGACACUACAAACUUCGCAGCCUGUAGUGAUGUCCGCCUGCUCUGAUUUCUACAAUACUGACAACAUCUCUUACCCUCACGUCGACGGGUCAACAAGCAUCCUCCAGAAUGCAGCUGAAUUGUACGAUACGAUGUUAAAGAUGAACGCAAACCGUACAUACUUUAUGUCGUGGAUCCAAAUGCCUCAGGAUCCUACUUCCUUGCUUGCCUUAUUCAUGUACAUCGACGACCUAAACGAUGUCUAUAGUGGCAACGAUGGCAGUCAUUCGGGACCAAUAACUCGUUUUACCAUUUGUACAGAUAAGUCGAGACCGAUUACCAUCGAUCCCGAAGCCAUUCCCAAGCUACAUAUCUCACCUAAUCAGUCACUUGCAAGUAACUCGCUUGAUUUGCCAGUAACUAUCAUGGCGGGAUUCGCGUUUGCGCUGUCUUGGGUUCCUGGCCAGUAUAUAUAUUCAGUCGACAGGUAUAUUUCUCAAGACACGAUUGAGGGAAUGAACUCCUCUAGCAUAAAAGACUCGACGUCCUUUACGCCAUUCCGAAUCGUGAAAACAAUCACGGGUUACGGCUAUGGUAGUACAGAUACUUCCACCUUACUUUCGCUAGCAGUCAUUAUCACUUACUGCUUUAUCACGGUCGCAUAUAUCACUUAUACCAUCUUCACGGGCCACACGUCUGUAGCCUGGAAUUCAGCGACCGAGCUUAUCCUGCUGGCUCUUCAAUCUAAAGAGCCAGACGAUCUGGGCCACGUAUCUGUUGGUGUCGACUCCACGGAGACGCUUCGCAGGAGCGUAGGAAUCAGGGUAAACACUGUGAGCAUUCCAGACACAGGGGAGCGUAUGCAGAAACUGGAAUUAGUCUUCGAGCAUGAUGUCCAAGAUAAGAAGAGGAUUUUGGAGAAAGUUGAACGGAAUCAGGCGUACUAG